UAAAAUCUUGGCCGCGAGCCAGGUGCGACUGAACUUUCGCGUUCUCUAACUUUUUGACGAGAGAAAGAACGAGCGCCUUUUUCACGACAUGGCGCGACCAGCAGGACAGCUGCUGCUACUGAUGCUCGGCACGGCGGCCUUGUGGACAGGGGCCACGGGGACUGGUUCGGGAUCGGCGUCUGGUUCGACUCCACCGGGAUCGCCUGCGGAGUUGGUGAUCGUCCCAGCGAACACCACUGCGACCGAGGGAAACACGCUCAUCCUCGUCUGCGUCGCCUACGGAGACCCCACUCCGGACAUAUCGUGGCUCAAAGACGGCACGGUUCUAGCCAACGACAGCAGCCGGAUAACCGUUCUCACUGAGGUGGUGAUGGAGCAAGGGAUCCCGUUCGUGCAGUCGACGCUGCGAGAUAUGCGGUCUAGACAGAGGGUUGAGAUUGUUGUUCAGCCUGACAAUGGAACCUUCACGGAGGGAAACACCGGCAUCUUCACCUGUGUGGCAUCGGGCGAGCCGAGCACCCCCAGCAUCGCCUGGUGGAUGAACGAGAUGGAGCUGUACAACUCAUCCGCGGAAGGGAGAGUGAAGAUCUAUCAGGAGACCGUGGAGGUCAAGGGAGCCACGUUUGUAGUCUCAUAUCUCGAGAUUUGUGGAAUCACCAUGGACGACGCGGGGGUGUAUUCUUGCUCUGCCUAUCUUCCGUCUGCCAACGUCACCAGUGGAGAAUUUAGAGUCAGCGUCACUUCUGCCUUACCUGAAAUUGUCAUCGCUCCUGCCAACACGGAGGUUGCCGCCGGGAACACUGCCAUCUUCACCUGCGUCGGUCUCUCCGAACCUCCUCCCAACAUCACCUGGACAUUCGAGGGAGAGGCUAUCGCCAACGAUUCCAGGACCUCCGUCUACAGCCUGGAGUUGGAGGAGAAUGGGGUCGUGUUCACCGUGUCCUUGUUGGAGCUGUGUGGAGUGGAUCUGGAGGAGAGUGGGACCUACUCCUGUGUGGCUACUGGGGGGAUGGCUAAUACCACCGCCUACUUCCAGCUGAAUGUGCUCGAACAGAAUGCCCCAGAUAUUGUCAUUGCUCCUCAGAACACGACGCUUGACGUCAACAACACGGCCCUCUUCACGUGCGUAGCCCUUGCUGGCUCCGCCCCCUCUGAGACGACCAUCUCCUGGAUGAAGGGAGGCACGAAUCUCUACAACGACUCCAGGGUCACCGUGUAUACCACAGCCAUUAACGAGGGGGGCGCGGUCUUCAUUCACUCCAUCCUGGAGAUUUGCGGCGUGACGCUGGAGGACAGUGACUACUAUACUUGUGUGGCAGGGAAUGCCUUUGGAAUUGACUAUAGCAACUUCACAGUUGAAGUAGUGGAUACUGGUCCUCCUGACAUAGUGAUAGCUCCCAGCAACACUGACGUGCUGCUAGGUAACACCGUCCUGCUGACCUGCGUCGUCGCAUUCCUCAACACUCCGCCCGAGUUGUCAUGGCACCGAAACGACACCGGCGAGCUCUACAACACAUCCGACGUCUCCAUCUACACCUCAACGAUCGAAGAGGGCGGGGUCAUGUUCCUGCGGUCAAUCCUGGAGUUGUGUGGAGUGGAACUGUCAGACGAGGGACUGUAUUUCUGUCAGGCCGCCUUUGAUAUGAACCCCGACAGAACGAGUCGCGCUUAUUUCUACGUCGACGUCUUUGAAGAGAACGUAGAGAUAAUCGUGGCACCAGCUGACUCUGCCGCCAGAGCCAACUCAACCAUCCUCUUCACCUGCGUGGCCUACGGCGUCCCUCUCCCCUCCUACAUCACUUGGACCUUCAACGGCACCGCCCUCUCCAACUCCAGCUCGGCCGACUACAGCCUCUCCAUAUAUCACUCACAGUUCCAAGUGGGCGGGGCAGUGUUCCUGCAGUCGAUACUGGAAAUAUGUGGCCUGGUGGAGGAACAGUCUGGCUACUAUUCCUGUAGCGCUGAGAGCAGUGCUGGCAAUGAUACCGAGACAUUUAGACUCAUUGUACAACCUCUAGCCGGCCCAGCCAUUGCCAUAGCUCCCAACGACACGGAGGCCGACAUCAAUUCCACAGUCAUCUUUCGUCUGCGUCGCCUACGGCAACCCCCUGCCCCAACAUCUCCUGGGUUUUCGGGGUUGUGCGGAGUGACUGUGGAGAACCAGGGGCUUUACUCCUGUGUCGCCGAGAAUUCAAUCAACAUCACUCAGUCCUACUUUUACCUCAACAUUCUCGAACCUCCCACAGUGGCUAUCCAACCCGACGACACCGUUGCAAACUACGGCGACACUGUCCUCCUCACCUGCGUCGUGUACAGCGUAGACCCGCGUCCCUACGUCCCUCCCAACGUCCUCUGGUACAGGGACGAAGAACUCAUCGCCAACUCCACCGACGCCGGGAGCGACGGUGGCGAUUACGACGCAUUCACGCGCUCCAUUCUGGAGCUGUGCGGAGUCACGUUGGCCGAGACAGGAGAGUACAGCUGCGUCGCCAACGACUCUAUAGGGAUGAGUCCGCCCGCCACUUUCAAUGUCUCCGUCUUCACUAGCGUUACCAUUGUAAUAGCCCCUUCGGACGAAGUAGUGUCUGCAGGUGUUACGUCUCUCUUCACGUGCGUUGCCACGGGAAUCCCUGACCCCGCCUUCUCCUGGUUACUAGAGAACACUGCAAUCGCCGAGGGCGACCGACACAACAUCACCACGGUGACAGAGGUCAUAGAGGGCGUGACCUUUGUGACUUCCGUUCUCCAAAUAUGUGAAAUUAAUUUCAGCGACGAAGGAACGUACCGGUGUGUUGCAGAUGUGCCAGGACUUAGCGAUUCUGCCAGUUUUGAAAUUUCCAUACAAGAUGUAGGUGCGACAAUUGAGGUUCCACCAAUGAACGUCACUGUAGUAAGAGGGACCGAAGUAACGCUCGUGUGUGGGGCCAUGGGGGCACCUCUUCCACUGUGA